AUGCGUCAAUCAGUUUCACUCUAUAUUGCUGCUAGUUUAAUGUCGAUUGCCAGUAUUAUGCACACCAGUGUUGCUCUUCCAGCCGCUGCUGCUGGUAAAGCAGGUUUAGGCAACACAUUGGAUGUCACUGUUGGCACGGUUACUGCUGAAGUCAAGGGUCUUUUAAAGGGUGUAGCUAAACCUCAAUCCAUUGGUAGCAAAGCUCAAGGCCAGAAGGGUGGUUAUGUUGCUGGAUCCAACAUUGGUGAUUCUGUCGGAAGCACAUUGAAGGGCAUUCUUUAA